UGUCACUCCAAGUAUCCAAUUCAAACCCUUAAAAAUCCCAACCCUCUCUCGCUCUCUGUCCGAACUCCGAAAAAGAGUGGUAAUUUUGCUGGCACUCCAUGGGCAAAAAGGUCAAAUGGAGCUGGACCUCCGCCGCAAUCGGAGCGGCAUCGGCUCUAGCCAUGACGGCGCUCUUGUCGUCAAAGCCCAAAGAUCCAACCUUCCACCUCAUCUCAAUCAACCUUACCUCCUUCAAGCUCAACCUCCCAGUCCUCGAAGCCGACCUCAUCCUCACCGUACAUGUCACCAACCCCAACAUCACCCCCGUCCACUACUCCUCCACCGCCAUGUCCAUCUUCUAUCACGGCUCCCUUCUCGGCUCUGCCCAAGUCCAGGCCGGCUCUCAGCCCCCCAAAUCGUGCCAGCUGCUCCGGCUGCCGGCUCGGCUCGACGGGCUGCAGCUGGCCCAGCACGCUGCUAGCUUUGUUGCCGACGUGGCGAAGCGGGAGAUGGUGCUCGACGCCGCUGUGGAUAUCGCGGGCACGGCGAGGGUUUUGCUGUGGGAUCACAAGUUUAAGGUGCACGUGGAUAGUCACGUGACGGUUGAUCCGGUUUUUCUUGAUGUCAUUGAACAGGAAAGUAAGUCCGAGAUGGAGAUUUUUGUUGCUUGAUUAGUGGUUGGGAUCAUGAACUACAGCUCUGUGUUAUGCAAAAUGCAUUUGGUCAAUGCAAUGAAAAAUGUGAUUUUAUUUUUUUAUUUUAUUCUAGCAGGGAAGCCAAGAAAAAAUUCGACAUAAAAGUACAAAAUCCGUCCUUCUCCUUGUAUAGUUUCCAGCGUGUCAAAUCGCAACCAAGCUCGGUCGAGCAAAUGUGAUGAUUGUGCUGGCGUGGUGAUGAAAUUUGGAAUUAAGGGAUUUCACUUUAUUUACGAAA